GCUCACUGACACUGCGAUGUUUGAAUCGAGCAAUGCGGCGAUCAUAGGGGCGGCGAUGCUCCUACUAUUCAUGGGCAUCGGAUACGCCUUCAUACGAAUUAUCAUGGCGCAAAACGGCAGUCAUGUGGACCCUAACUUCUUCGGCCGCGUCCCACUCGUGCAAGAGGACUUCCUCGGCGGCCUUUACGGCCUGAACCGCAACGACAUUGAAGAAUUGAUGUCCCAAGUACACAAGUGGAAGUGCGGCGUGUGUUCCUUCGCCAACAUCGCCGAAGCCCAAGCCUGCGCGUUGUGCGAAACAAAGCCUGGGAUGGUCGUGUCGGACGAGGCCGUCGGCGCCGCGUACCUGCAUCCAAACGACCUCACGCCCCUCCAACAUAGCGCAAGGAUGCGAAAGCAGUGGCUACGCACUGUCGACGAUGCCAGCGGGCAGAUCGUGUGGUCCCAACUCACCCAACCUUUUGGCCCCAACCAAUCAAAAAGCGACGACACGUACUUCAUCGUGACAUCGACCCUGCCGACGGUGCCUGAGGCGAAUAUUUAUGCGGACGUCGGCGACCAGAUCAUUCACGUGGUAGUGGACGAUGAACCCCCUCCAUCUACCCCAUCGACCAAACCCACCGACGGGCUCGAGCCAUUGUUGGCUAGCCGGAUGUCGUUAGAGGCGGCGGCGCAGGUCCCGUCGAGUAGUCCGGACCAGCAAGUGCGGGUGGAGCUGUCGUUUGAACCGCUGACAAUGACCAGUGCCCAGCGUACUCUGGUGGCCACGACACUGUCGCCGUGGCUGGUUCGUCAGCUGGACGACCUCACCAACGAGUCGUUUUCCGUCAAGUACUUGGCAUUGUUGUCACUGUUGCGAGCCAACAUGGACUAUGGGUAUGCAAAGCUCAAGGUGUACCGCGAGCGCAUUUUUCAAGAGUCGAUGGGACUGCUGAUGAUUCUAGGCCCACAACACCUUUGUGCUCGAACACGCAUCGAGUUGCUCGGGGAAGCGGGCAUCGAUGCCGGUGGGUUGCAGCGAGAAUGGUACACGUUGUUCACGCAGGCUGUAUUUGAGCCGUCGGCGGGGCUAUUUGUGGCCACCGACUCGUACGGGUACACGCUCAACCCGUCGUCGACAUGUCGGUCGGAUUUGGAAAAGUUCCGCGCCGUGGGUCGGCUGCUGGCGCGAUCCAUCUUGGACGAGCAGGUGCUGCCGUUCCACUUGACGGUGCCGCUGUUCAAGAUGAUCCUGGGCACGCCGCUGUCUAUGACUGACAUGCUGUACAUGGACAAGCAGAUGUACACGAGUCUCAAGUUCGUCCAGUCGACAUUGGACGUGGACGGGCUGUGCCUCGACUUUAGCGUGACAGUGGAAGGCGGAAAUGUCGUCGAGUUGGUUCCGCAUGGCCAGAAUAUCAUGGUCACGGCCGCCAACCAGGCGGAAUACGUGCAGCGUAUGCUCCAGUACCUCUUGUUCGAUCGCAUCCAACUGCAGCUCCAGAGUUUGCUCACGGGGCUGUUUGAGUUGGCGAUUUCAUCAAUCCCCUAAAAUGUACGUAGUAGGCAAAUAUGACUGAACAGCACAAUUCGGAAUGAUUAUGUAGAUCCUGCCGCAGCAUUAUUUGAUCAUGUUUGACCAUAAAGAGCUCGAGCUGGUAUUGUGUGGCGUGACCGAGAUCGACGUAGCAGACUGGAAGCAGUUUACUGCCACGUCGAGCGUACUUCGUGAUUUUGAGUACCACAGCAUGAAAAUGUACUGGUUUUGGGAUAUAUUGGAGAAUAUGGCGUCGCCUGAUCGAGCCAAGAUCCUGCAAUUCGCGACGGGGUCGACUCGAGUGCCUGUUCAAGGAAUAUUAUGUAUAUGCAGGUUUCAAAGGCCUCACGGGCAGCGACGGUGUACUGUGCCCGUUUUCGAUCAAGGCGAUUCCGUACGUACGUGGCGGCCUCCCAUUGGCCCACUCGUGCUUCAACCGCAUUGACUUGCCCAUGUACCCGUCGCGAGAGUUGAUGGAACACGCGCUCAAGCAGAUUGUAGCCAUGGGGCCGAUCGAGUUUACCCUCAAAUAAUCGUAAUAUCAUAUGUUACGUGAUAACAAUCAACUAAUAUUAA